GAGUUAAUCUUAAUCCAUUUUCUGCAAUAAGAAACUAAAAGCGUAAAAUACCAUUUUAAAAAUAAUCUGAAACUUCAAUAGCUAAUAAUUAAGCUUAAGUACAUUGUAUCUUAAUUACAUUCAGUGCGAAAGAAACGUGAAAUUAUGGGACAUUUUGAGUCUAUUACGACCGUCAUAUCUUUAGACAUCCAUUUAUAAAUACAGUUUAUUUAUUUUUAAUUCAGUAAGAUGACUUUGUUUCUAUCCAACACCGUUCAAGAUUGAUUUUUAAUAGUAAUUUGCCCUAAACACGCAUAUCCUUGCAUUUGCCGCCCCCUCCAACGGAUUUCUACAUUAAAUUCUACUAAGAUUUCAUUAGUUAUUAACUUUACAAUCGAAUAUAUUGAGCUUCUCAUUAGGUUUAAAAAGAAAGAACUAAAGUGAACGUCGUUCAGUUGAACAUAGAGCACAACCUAGAAAAUCAUUUGGAGUUUCAUGAUCAUAAUCACUUGUGUUGAUACUUACUCGAUUUAAUAUUUUUUCUUUUUGAUGAUAAUGGAAGAUUCAGAUGUACCAAAGAAAAAUGACGAAAAAUGCCCGCUAUGUCGAGCUGAUCGUUAUUUAAAUCCAAAUAUGAAACUGCUUAUAAACCCAGAGUGCUAUCACAAAAUGUGUGAAUCUUGCGUCGACAGAAUUUUUACUACUGGACCAGCUGCUUGUCCAACACCAGGAUGCGGUAAAAUUCUGCGAAAAGCCAAGUUUCGCGAACAGACCUUCGAAGAUGCACAAAUCGAGCGGGAGAUUGAUAUCCGCCGGAGGAUUGCUAAAAUCUUCAACAAGGGUCAACAAGAUUUUGAGUCCUUGCAAGAAUACAACGACUACUUGGAAGAAGUUGAGAAUUUAACUUUCAAAUUAAUAUAUCAAGUUGAUGUUGAAGAAACUGAAACAAAAGUUCAACAAUAUGAGAAACAAAAUCGCGAGUCAAUUGCACUUAAUUCUGCACGAGCUGCUGCUGAAUCUCGUCUGCUUGCACAAAACGAAAUCUUACUAAGGAAACAAAAACAAGAAGCCAGAGAUGCUGCUGUCCGCGAACACGAAAUGGAACGUGAACGACGAGAACAGGUAGAACAGCAAAUUAUUCAUGACUUGGCUACAUCUGGUAAAGACCCAAACAAAAUUGUGAAACUUACAGAAACGCUCAAAAAACAUCGAGAGAAAAACGAUUCACCACAACCAAUUUCUUCAAGGUCUUCUGCUUUGUACCCGGAUCUUCAAAAGUUAGCCCAACGAAGACUUAGAGAAGAGCAGGUGCCUUUCAGCCCGUUAGCGGGUGAAAGAAACACAAGUAAAUAUUAUGAUUAUUCUAUUGAGAACUAUAAUGACCCCUUUAUGGAUAAAAUAGCUAGGGAACCUAACAGGUCGAUCGGUUUCAGAGUGGAAGAUUGUCAUCUUCGAUGCUUAUACGAAGCUUUUAGUGGUCUUGAUUUCGAUCUUACAAAAGACAAACUUCCAGCCAAAAACGAUCCCAAUGUUCAGAAAGCCACGAUGAGUACCUCUUAAAACGUUUUUGUGUAAAUAAUACAAUAUAACUUCUAUAGUAUUGAUUUGCUAACCGCAAAGUAUUUUUCCCUAAAACCUAAGACCAUGCUAUUCAUACCAAAACCAUUUAUCUAGAGCUUGUUUCUUGAUAAGGAUUAAAACGUCGAUUAACUUUAAGUUGUUCAAUUCGUUGCUUGUCCAAUUCAAAUUUAUGAGCCAAGUCUUGUAACUUCUUCUUCUUUUCGUUUCGUAAUUGGAAACGGUAAAAAUCCUUGUGAAUUCCGGUUUCUUUCUUCUUUUGUAAAAGCUUUUCAGCUUCUUCAGGGUUACCAACCGAUUGAUGCGUACCCCGUACAACUGGGAUGAACCCAUCUUCGUCGGGUUGAUUUCUCAAUUUACGAAGACGAUUCUUUUCUGAAAUUUCUUGUUUUGUUAAUCGCUUCAUAUACGCUUCCACACUUUCUUCUAAGACUUGACCAUUGGGAAAUUGUCGAUCAUAUUUCUCCAAAUAACCUACAGCAACAAGUUAGUACAAUAAAAACCCAUUAAUUCUUACGUUUCAGUCCUGAUGAUUGUGAGGAAAUCCAAGGGAUACUCGUUGAACUCUUUGAGGCACUCUUGAGCACACGCUUUACUUCAGUUUUUUCCAACAACUUUAAUCGUAAAUUAGUUCCUGCUUUUAGUAUUCCUUGAAUUGAAGGAUAUACAGACACGAGUCGUCCACCUAAAUUUGAAAUGGCCUUUCGUAAAACUUUUUCAGUAGUAGUAACUGGAACGUUUACUAAAUAAACAGACUUUCCCUCAGGAUCUUCGCUGUCUGCUCUUAAAAAAAUGUAUUGAUUUUUUUCUGAAUCAUCGAGAGUUAUUUUGAGCUUAACAAAGCCCUUUUCUUUCAAUUUGUCCAUAAUUGGUGUGAAGGAAGUUGAGAGUGAAAUCUGUGUAUAAACUGGAUACUUAACAACACCGAUAUAAAGAAUUAGUUUCUUAUAAAAUAGAAUUAUAUUACAUUCUCUAAAGGUUUCUAUAGGU